AUGCUACCCCAGCUAUUGGUAAUUCUGUUGCCACUCGCUCAGGCUGCGCUUCUUUCCACGCCUCAACCCGAUCAAGACGGUAUUGCAAAGAUGAGGAGUGAAGGGCAUCAAGUAUCGGACGAACACUGCCAAGUCCUGCUCGAAAACCAGCCAGUGCACGAGCUGAUGGAGCGCGUCUGCUCUCAUUGUCAUGAGUAUUUCUCGGAUUCAGUGGCCAAUCUCCGCUUCGAAUGCAGAUCAAACUGCUUCCAAAACAAGCGAUUCGAGCAGUGCCUCUCGCUGUUCGCCCCCGAACAAAGCGGCACCACCCAUCGGGCACGUCGGCAUCUCGGGCACAGGAAGAGAAUUGGCACCAAGGCA